UUGUAAGAAAAAGCAGAGUGCGGGUAAUGAAGACGCGACAAGAGAGCGCGUGAAAGCAGUGAGUUGCAACGACAUAGGAAGAAGAAGAAGGAAGUGAAAGAAAGUUAUUCUUUGCUCCUUUACUACUCCUUCCUUCCCUUCCCUCUCUUCUCUUCUCUUCUCUCUUAUCAUUCUCUCUCUCUCUCUCCUGCAACAACAACAACCAUUUAAGGUUCGUUUUCGGAUUCCCAAUUUCGCUCUUCUUCUCUUCUCUCUUUCUCUCUUUCUCUCUUACCAAACCCUUGUAUCAUUUCUUCUCCUUCUUCAUAACGCUGCUGCUUCACUUCUGCCGCUUUAGGUUUCGAACCAAUUGGGAUUUCGGGAUGUGUAUCGUCCAGUGAAUUGAGGAGAAUGACAUUUUUGGGUUCUGUUGAUUGUGUUGUAGAUGGGGGGUUUGGCUGUUAGAUUGUUGUUUGUUGAGUACAAUCUUAUGUUCAGUGAAGAUGAUUUCGUGAUGUGGUUGAGAGAGUGGUUUUUGUAGAGGAAGGCUUGUUAUUUUUGUUGUUGUUGUGGUAGUUUAUUUUGUUUAAGAGUAGGAACAUAGUCGGCGGACGAGAAGAAUUAAGUUUUGUUGGAUGGGUAAUAAACUUGGGAGGAGGAGACAAGUGGUAGAUGAGAAAUAUACGAGGCCGCAAGGGUUGUAUAAUCACAAAGAUGUGGAUCACAAGAAGCUGAGGAAGCUAAUACUAGAAUCAAAGUUAGCACCUUGCUAUCCCGGAGAUGAAGAAACCACCUACGAUCGUGAAGAGUGCCCGAUUUGCUUUCUGUAUUAUCCAAGUCUAAACCGAUCAAGAUGUUGCACAAAGAGCAUUUGUACAGAGUGCUUUUUGCAGAUGAAAGUUCCAAAUUCAACUCGGCCUACACAAUGUCCCUUCUGCAAAAUGGCAAAUUAUGCGGUGGAGUAUCGUGGUGUGAAAUCUAAAGAAGAGAAGGGAUUGGAACAGAUUGAAGAGCAACGUGUUAUAGAGGCAAAAAUUAGGAUGCGGCAGCAGGAACUUCAGGAUGAAGAUGAAAGAAUGCACAAAAGACUAGAAAUGAGCUCCUCGAAUGUGAAUGUGGCAGUUGCAGAUGUUGAAUACAGUUCAAAUGCAGUGUCUGCAUCUUCAGUUUCUGUUGUUGAAAAUGAUGAAAUUGUUUCUUCUCAAGACUCAUGUGCCACAUCAGUGGUUAGACCAAAUGCAACCACUAGGACCAAUAGAGAUGAUGAAUUUGAUGUUGACCUUGAGGACAUUAUGGUCAUGGAAGCAAUUUGGCUUUCCAUUCAGGAGAAUGGCAGGCAGAGAAAUUUAUCUUUUUCCGAUGCUACUUCUGGACACUAUGUAGCUGAUGGUCGCUAUGUUUCAUCUGCCUCAUCCAUCACGGGUCCACCAACGGGAUCAUCCUCGUCUCCAUCUGGGGGUCUCGCUUGUGCCAUUGCAGCUCUUGCUGAGCGCCAGCAAAUGGCUGGAGAAUCAUCUAUGAGCAUCACUGAUGAAAAUAUGCCAUCAUUCAACACACUACCUGGUUCCAGAAGGUUUUAUAACAGACUUGGUAGGGAUAUGGCUUAUUAUCCGCCUGCUGAAAACCUCAACGAGGAGCCACUGGAUGAAGCUGUGGCGAUGACUAGGAGUCAUGGUGAAUGGGACACGGACCAUGGGACACCGUUGACUGAAACAGCAACUAGCUAUACAAACUCUGUCACAGCAGAAGAUCGUGGUGAACUAUCUUCAUUGCUACGGUCUGAUGACAUUGAUGGAAGCCUACAAAGUGCCCCAGAACCCAUUGUUCCUGAGAGUUUUGAGGAGCAAAUGAUGCUCGCUAUGGCUGUCUCUUUGGCUGAAGCUCGAGCCAUGUCAAGUGGACAGAGUGCUUCUUGGCAGUAGUUUUUGGUUGAGGUGCUGGUUUAAUCUUUUCUUAAAUUGGUGAUGCUUGCCUUGGCUAUUUGGCAAGCCAAGUCCAAGGUUGAGAAUUUGAGGGAAGUUCACUUGUGUGCAAUUUGUUCAAGGAUCAGGUAGUGAUAUCUUCUCACACGAAUUUAUAUAUAUUAAUGUCAAAGGAAAACUAAUGAUUCUAGUUGGUGAAAGGUUGUUGCUUAAUGCCAUUUUUUUUACUUGUGUUCGAUGUCCUCUCCUGCCCUCUCAUUGGUUUUCUGUAAAUAGUUUUAGUCUUUGAUAGAUGUACUUUCAUUCUUACAGUAAUAUAUGGCACAUUUUAGACACGUACUGAAGAUGAAAGGGAAUUAAAUUUCUGUCAUGCAAACUUAUCUGUUCUAUUCAUUGAGAUCUGAGUUAUAUAGAAGUUAUGCCUGUUAGGCGUGGCACUUAAAAUA